CUAGAUGAUUUGAAAAAACUGUUUGAACAACUAUCCUGGAAGCAAAAAUAUUACAAAAAUCAGUAUCUACAGACACUUAAUGAUUUUUAUGCUGCUAAAAAAACUUGGGAUAUUGAGCUUUCUAAUGUUGAAAAAGACUACUCAGAUAUUUCAAUAGCACAUAAUAAACUGCUAGAGGAAAACAGAUGGCUUAAAAGUGAAAUGGACUCCAUUGUAGAGAAAACCAAUGAAAGUAUAAAGAAGAAACAGGAGUAUGAGAUGGAAAUUCAAUCUUUACUGAAGUUGAAGCAAAAGAAUGCCAUUUGUCUCAAGGAGCUCUACAAAGAGGCUUACCGCAUUGGUGCUUUUUUUGUCGGAACGAAAUAUAAAACGGAUGAAUUAGAAGAAAAAAUAGCUGAAACAAGAAGAAAAUUCAAGGGUAGAGAAGAAUUCUUGAAAAAGCUCACUCGAGGUGAAGUGGCUGCUGGAAUUGUGAUUCAGAAAAUACUGUAUUCCAUUCAAGAAGCCCAGCUCAUUGAAAGGCAGUCUUUGGUGAAAAAGAAAGCAAUGUAUGUCCUAGUACUAGAGGAAAUAGAAUCACCUAUGCUCCAAUUGGAAAAUGAUGCCAUAAGAAUCAGAACUAUUCACGACAAACAUGCUGGCGCACUUCGUGAUAUACUUAAACGGAAAAACCAAGUUCAAAAGUCAGUGGAAAAAACAAAGAAAAAGUUACGAAGUAGGGGGAAGAAAACUCGUGUUGUGCUGACCGAAACUGCGGACAAACGUUCAACAGUUUAUAAAGAAUUAGAAAUAACUAAGAGCAAAACAAUCACUUUUAAUACAAAAAUACAGGAAUUGAAAAAGGAAUUAAAAGAAAUGGAAGAGCAAAAGAUAAAUUUUGACAAGAAACUUGAAAUUUUAAAUAAUGAAUUUUUAGAUGUGAGAUUUAAAAAGGAGCACUUACAAGCUGUGUUUGAUCAUCUCAUGGAGGAGAAAAGAAACUGUGAAGACAGGAUCACAGAGGAAGCUCUCAAAUUUAGAAGACUCAUUGCCACUAGGCAACAAACUCUGGCAAAUAUCCAAAAAACAAAAGAGAAAUUGCUGGAAGAAAAUCUAUGUUUAGCUCAAGAGUAUCAAAUGAUGCAGAACAUUUACUUAAAAGAAAAGGAUAAUUACUUCAAAGUGUAUGAUAAACAGCUAUCACUUGAUGCUUCAGUCAGUGAUAAGAAACAGUUCUGUCAGCUGCAAAGAAGGCUAGGCAAGCUGUGGCAAGAACACUUCAAGCUGGUGGUCUUCUUCAGCCAGAUGAAGCUGGCCAAACUCCAGACAGACUCUCAGAAGAGUAUUCAGAAAAUAUUAGCUGUGCAGGAGGAAUCUUCAAAUUUAAUGCAACACAUUUUAGAUUUCUUCCAGACUUUGAAAGAGUGCCCAGAUGAAAACGAUGGUUAA